AUGGGAGGAGGCGGGCAACCGACGCCUGAUGCUGGCUUUGGAAUAGAUUCUGGCGGCAAAGGUAUGGGAGGUGGCGGUUUCAAGGCACCAUCGAUCCCGGGAUGGUUUUGGCUUGCACUCAUCGGUAUUAUCAUCCCACUUCUGUGCUGUUGCUGCUGCAUAUAUUGCUGUUGCUGUCGUGGCAAAGGCGGUGGCGGUCGAUCUGCUGUUCCGUCUGAUGGCGGCAUGGGUGGUCCUGGUGGAGGUAUGGGUGGCGGCGGUCGUGCCGGUGGAGGCGGUUCGAUGUUCAGAAACAUUGCGAGCAGUAUGGGAGGAGCAGGAAUUGGGUCGAUCCUUGGAAACUUGAUUUCUGGACGACGUGGCGGAGGUUCACGAGGAAUGGGCGGCGGCGGAAUGGGAAUGGGCGGCUACGGUGGAGGUGGCUAUGGUGGAGGUGACUAUCAAGGCGGAGGUGCUUAUCCUGUAGCACCAGGUCCGAUUUACGAUGACAAUGCUGGAGAUGGCGGACGCGGGCUUUAUCCGUCAAAGCCCGUCAAGGACGAAGGUGGUGGAGGCAGCUGGGCAUAA